AUGACCCCUUACUGCGUAAGCAUGUAUGUCUCUGUUCCUGGAGUCCGUUUGCAGAACAAGCUGAAACCAUAUACUCUGCUAAUGAUUGUAGCUCUUAAUCAUGGCUCUGUUGGGAACUGUCCUCUUGGAGGUUGGAUUCGAGCUUACGGAUUAGGUAUAGGAAUUUAUCCUUCUCGGGGUAGCGCAUUUAAGGCGGAAGCAGUUUAUACUACUAAGAUGCCUUCUUAA